AUGAACCGGGCGACCAUGGAGGAGGAGAGCGCGGCCAAUGACAGCGCGGCCAACGGCAGCUCGCCGGUGACCUUCCCCGGGACGGACCUGCUGCAGCGGUACAAGCCCUUCUUCAUCCUGCUGUACGGCGCGCUGGUGGCCGUGGCCUGCUUGGGCAACGCCUUCCUGAUCGGCUGCAUCGCGGCGGACAAGAAGCUCCACAACGCCACCAACUUCUUCAUCGGCAACCUGUCGGCCGCCGACCUGCUGAUGUGCCUGUGCUGUGUGCCCCUCACCCUGUCCUAUGCCUUCGAGCCGCGGGGCUGGCUCUACGGCGGCUUCAUGUGCCACCUCACCUCGCUGCUGCAGUCCGCCACCGUCUACGUGUCGGUGCUGUCGCUGACGGCCAUCGCGGUGGAUCGCUACAUGCUGGUGGCGCACCCGGUGCGUCGCCGGAUCAGGCUCGGAGCCUGCGGCACGGCGGUGGGCGGCAUCUGGCUGCUGUCGCUGGCUCUGGCGGCGCCGGCCGCCGCCCACGUCCGCUACCUGGAGCUGCGGCGGGCGGGCAGCGACGUGAACGUGUGCGAGGAGUUCUGGCGGGGCAUGGAGCGAGAGAGGCUCGCCUACUCCUGCCUGGUGAUGCUGGGCUCGUACGUGGUGCCCCUCGCCGCCGUCACCACCUCCUACUGGGCGAUCAGCGUGCGCCUGCGGCGGAGCGGCGUGCCCGAGGCCGGCCGCCAGAACCAGGCGGCGUGGAACCGCAAGAGGCGGAGGGUCUUCGCGCUGCUGGCGGCGUCGGCGGCCACCUUCGCCGCCUGCUGGCUGCCCCUGCAGACCCUGAACCUGGUGCGCGACCUGGACGCCGACUUCCAGAUCCUGGACGUGCGCUACCUCAAUGUGGCGCAGGUCUCCUGCCACUGGCUGGCCAUGAGCUCCUCCUGCUACAACCCUUUCAUCUACGCCUCCCUCCACCGCAAGUGCCGGCUGCGUUUCUUCCACCGCCUCCGGCGCUGCCGCUGGCACGGCCGGGCGCCGCCGGCUUCCCGCUCUACCAGCCUGGUGAACUGA